AUGGGAUACCGCAAUAACAUCAAUCUUAUUGGACUUCCUCUCAUAACCAUCUACCCAGACGACUGCCCCGACGUAGCAAACAAUGGCAAAGCUCACGUGAGCCUCUCCAGCUCCACCUCGCGAAAGGCUAUGGGAUACGCUGGCCGCCGUAUCUAUUGCAGCCUCUGUUCCAACUCUGGCCGUCCCCAACAUGUCAUGCUGAGUGACGGUAGCAUCCCUCGGGCUUAUGCAUGUGCAAAAGAUCAUCCCGUUGAGGAGGCAGAAUUUAGAGUGGAGUGGACCUGCUGUGCCAUGGGUGAGUGCAGUGACGACAACUUGUGUGUAUACCGAGCGGCUGCCAUUCUGCACGAUAUGCCAACGCGGACUCAGGAGGCUGAGAACGUUAUUGCCGACGGCCAAGAAACGGAUACCGACUAUGAUGCGGAUAUCAGCGGAAACUCUGCACUCUCCGUGGUUAUCGAUUAUGGAAUGGCAUGUUCUUAG